AUGUACUCAAACUUGGAUGUAGUCUCGCUAUAUCAACCGGCCAAUCCACUGCGAGGCCACAAGCAAGUACCGUUUCAGAGUGCGUCCUCUCAGUUUCAAAAUCACCAGCACGACGCGCCCUCGCUGGGUUCGCAGAAAGCCAAAAGCAAUAUGUCGUAUCCAGGACAAGCUUCAAUGCUGUCUUGCUUUAUAGCGCUCUAA